GCAGAGGUGGGUACCGCUCGGUCGGGCAUGGCAUCGUCUUUCAUGUUUUCCUUUCCCUAUUUCUCCCCGGCCUCAUCUCUCUAGCUCGCCGGCGAGCACUCGAAGCUCUCCCCUCCCUCCCCCUUGCCCAGUUUCUUUUUUUUCCCCCCUCGAAGGCGAUCUCUUAUUAAGCUCCUCCUCGUCCUCUGCUCGUUGGGGUUAGGGUUCUUUAUUUGGGCCUGCCAAAAAUUAAAAAAAAAGAAUGUCGCAGAGCGGGAAGUUGAUGCCGAAUUUAGAUCAGCAGAGCACCAAGGUCCUCAAUCUCACCGUCCUCCAGCGGAUCGAUCCUUUCGUCGAGGAGAUCCUCAUGACCGCGGCCCACGUCACCUUCUACGAAUUCAACAUUGAGCUCAAUCAAUGGAGCCGCAAGGAUGUCGAGGGAUCGCUCUUUGUUGUCAAGAGAAAUACACAGCCCAGAUUUCAGUUCAUUGUCAUGAACCGGCGCAACACAGAUAAUCUGGUAGAGGAUCUCUUGGGAGAUUUUGAAUAUGAAGUCCAAGUUCCAUAUUUGUUGUAUCGGAAUGCAGCUCAGGAAGUUAAUGGUAUAUGGUUCUACAAUGCACAUGACUGUGAAGCUGCUGCAAAUCUUUUUGGCAGGAUACUGAAUGCAUACUCCAAAGUCCCUCAAAAGCCUAAAGCUUCAACCAAAAGCAGUGAGUUUGAGGAGUUGGAAGCUGUUCCAACAUCAGCUGUUGUGGAAGGUCCUCUGGAGCCACCACCAACAUCUUCUGCAGCUGCUGCUGUUCCUGAUGUUUCUGAUGAUUCGUUUGUGAACUUCUUCAGUGGUUUUGGAUCGAGACUCGGGGCGACGAUGGAAGAUUUGGUAGCGGAAAAGCAUGUGAAGUACAUCCUCUCCGUGGAAAAGAAGAAAGAUGAUUUCGAGUCUCUAGUGUUGGAGCAUCUGAGGAUGAACGGCGCCUAUUGGGGUCUGACCACUCUGGACCUCCUCCAUAAGCUCGGAGCUGUCGAUCCGGAUGAGGUCGUAUCGUGGAUGAUGGAAUGCUAUCACCAGGAUUGCGGAGGGUUUGGUGGGAAUAUUGGUCACGAUCCGCACCUUCUUUAUACGCUCAGUGCCGUGCAGGUUUUGGCCCUUUUUGACAGGCUUGAUGUUCUUGAUAUCGAGAAGGUCUCGGAUUAUGUUGCUGGGCUGCAGAAUGGAGAUGGAUCUUUUUCUGGUGAUAUAUGGGGUGAAACUGACACAAGGUUCUCUUAUUGUGCAAUUUGCUGUCUCUCGAUAUUGCAUCGUCUAGAUAAAAUUGAUGUGGAAAAGGCUGUGAAUUACAUUGUGAGCUGCAAAAAUUUGGAUGGUGGAUUUGGAUCUAUACCUGGAGGGGAGUCGCAUGCUGGGCAGAUCUUCUGUUGUGUGGGAGCCCUUGCAAUCACAGGUUCUCUGCACCAUGUUGACAGAGAUCUUCUUGGCUGGUGGCUAUGUGAGCGGCAAUGUAAAGAUGGAGGGUUAAAUGGCCGCCCUGAGAAGCUUACUGAUGUCUGCUACUCUUGGUGGGUGCUGUCCAGCCUGAUAAUGAUUGAUAGGGUGCACUGGAUUGACAAGGAUAAACUCACUAGGUUCAUCCUAAACUGCCAGGACAGGGAGAAUGGAGGAAUUUCAGAUAGGCCAGAUAAUGCUGUUGAUGUUUUUCAUACCUACUUUGGAGUAGCAGGACUUUCACUGAUGGAAUAUCCAGGAUUAAAGUCACUAGAUCCUGCUUAUGCCUUACCUGUUGAUGUUGUGAAUCGAAUUUUCUUUGGAAAACAGAGAGCCCCUUCACUGCUGGCAAGCUGAGCCCAAGCCCUAUUUAGUGAUUGGGGGAAACCAUGUGAUGGAAAAGAAUUAAAAUCACCGUCAUGGUACAUGGGUUCUGUUCUCAAACAGGUUCGACCAAAGUGAUUGUUCUAAAUUUGAUGAAGAGUUCACUGUACCAAUUUCCUAACACUGGUUCCAAAUUCUUUAAUGUUAGCCCAGUUCUGAUAGGAAUCAGUCAUGUUUGUUUACAUGGAAUAAUUUUACAGUAAGUGGGGGUGGAUUUAAUAUUAACACAUGCCAUAUUUUUGUUUGGCAAGUUGAGGAAAA